UAUAUAUUCAAUCUGGCGUGACAUCACACCAAGAAGUUCAAUGAAGCCAACAACUGUAACAAGAUUUGAACUUUGGAAAAAAGAGUAAUCAUUCAAGAAUGGCAGCUGAAUUGAAGUGUUCUUAACUAGCAGUUUGGUUAUAGCGAUUCAUCCAUCAAUUGGCGCUUGGAUAAUUUGGAUUUUGGAGAAGCCAUGGAUGACACGGGAAUCGACAAGGUACAAAUAUCCGGCCCAACCCUCGCCGCCCUCCUCCACCGUUUCUCCGCCGCUCCCGGUGACCUCCACGGCCUUCUUUAUGGUAAUCUGUCUUUCUCCACCACAAACUCUCUCUCCGACGACACCUCCGCCUCCACUUCCUCCGCCGCGGACGGCUCCAGCGGCCCGACCCUCACUGCAAUCGUCACGUCCUUCACCUCCGUCCCUGCUCACCUAUCCCUCCCUUACAAUUCCCACAGUCAGGAGCCAUCCUCAACCCUCAUCGGCUGGUUCUCCGGCCGCCGGAGGACCGCUCUCCGCCCCUCGCUUCACGACUCUAUCACUACUUUGUCCCUCAACUCACUCACUUCUCUAUCAAUCACUCCCCAGAACUCCCCGCAUUCCGUCUCUCUCCCCCCUUCUAUCUUCAUCCUCCUUACGACGCCGUUCCAGGACCAGCUCAUACACACCCAUGAGUAUAAGGCCUUCCAGUACCGGAUUUCCACCUCUUCUUUCGAUCCGAAAAGCCUCGAUAUCAUCAAUAUUGGCCCGUUUUUCCGAUCUCAUUACGAGUCUUUCUGUCCCAACUCUCCAUUUCCUUCUUUGACCUGUGACUUGAGGUGCUCCAAUGCAAUGGUUGAGGAUGAGAAAACUGAGAACCCGGAUGGAAUUCAACAGGGAGUGAAAGAUCAAAAGGAAUUGGAUAAGUGUGCAGAGGGGUUUGAAGCUGCCAGAUUCAGUAACCUAUUAGGGUCUAAUGCAGCCAAUUACACUGCUGAAGUAGAGCAGUUGUAUGGGAAAAUGCUUGCCAAGCUUGACAGCUUGUCCAGACUGGUGGAGAAGACCUCUGCCAGAGUUCUUGAGCAGGAAAAUCAUAAUUUGAAACUAAGGUGCAAAGUUGCUGGCCUGAAGUGAAUUUUUGUUGUUACUUGCUGACCAAAUCUUGGACCUUGCCAAGAUCAUUUGGAGGUGAACAAAUUGUUGAUCUCAUUUUGUCACUUUAUGAUGGUGUUGGAUGUUUUGGUUGACCUGCAAUCGGUCACCUCAUGAAUGUACACUUGGCGUUGUCUGACCAAUUAUUUUCCUCUUUUUUGCUAUAUGUAGCCUUCCCAUUUUGUUCAUAUUUACUGCUAGGCAGUGUGUAAUUUCUUCUUCAAACUCCAUUUUUAUUGUUUUGCGGAAAAUGGAUGAAGUCAAUGGAUUUAGUGUUAGCUUCUCAUGUGUUCUGCUCAUCUUCCUGUCGCUUUAAUCUCAGUGGAAUUGGUGAUAUUCCUUAUCCUGCAUGUGUACACUUUAGGGGAGCCCUAUAAUUUGAAACCCUCUCAGGCUCUCAGUUUUUUACACUA